GGUGUCAGAAAGCUUACGAGGUCUUUGAAGACUCUCUGGUAGCAGAGCGACUCCUACAAGCAGCACGGUCCCUGGUGCUUACCAGGUGGAGUCUAGACAGCGGCGUGCACAAGCCUGGGGGGCUGGGGGGCUCUGGCAGAGGCACAGUCAUGAAUGGCAUUAAGCUGGCCCUGCUGGGCAGCAAGGGAGCGGGCAAGUCCGCUCUCUUGGUGAGGUUCCUCACAAAACGCUUCAUCGGAGAGUAUGCCUCCAGCAGCAAUUUCUUAUACCAUAAAAGGUUCUCAGUAGAUGGCAGGCAAUUAAACCUGGAAGUCUUUGAUCCAUGUUCUCAGCAGAGCGUGGGCAGCAGGUGCUUUUUGGAGGAGCCUCUGGAAUGGGCAGACGCUUUCAUCGUGGUGUAUGACAUCAUUGACCGCACGUCCUUCCUCGACUCCAAAAGCAUCCUGCAGCGGAUCAGGGAGGCCCGUGUUGCUGACUGCAAGGGGGAGGUUCCUGUCUGCCUGGUGGCGAACAAGCAGGACCUGUGUCACGCCCGGCAGGUGUGCCAGGAGGAGGGUCGUCUGCUGGCCCUGGAAUACAAGUGCCACUUCCGGGAGGUGUCGGCAGCAGAGGACCACCAGGAGAUCCUCAGCCUCUUCAUUGAGCUCAUUCGGCACGCCAUGGAGCGUCUGAAGUUCCGGGCCGACCGGCGGCGCUACAGCGGCUCCAAGUCCAUGGCCCAGCUCAUCAACAACGUCUUUUGCAAAAGACGGAAGUCAGUCUGAGACAGGAGAGUCUUCACGGCCACUGCACUGUUUCUGAAGUCUGCUCUCCAGAGACAUCCAUAUUUUAAUGAGAAACAUUAGCAUUAAAAUGCUAAUCUGUCGAUGGCACACUCCAUCAUUCUUAUAUAUCUGGCCAGAAAGAUAAGACUACAAAGCAUAAAUAUCUCUUAUUCAAAGAACCAUAAUCA